UGAUCCAUCCUUCCUCUAGAGCACCUCGUCUUGGCGCCCAAUUUUAAAAACUCCUCUUGAAAAAUCUAAAAUGUACACCUCUUUCAUCGUCUCCGAUCACCACCACCACCGCCUCCCCGCCACCACCUCACCGCCGUGCUCCCAAGGCCACACCUCCUCUCUCAACCUCCCCACUCUCCAAGGCGGCUCGAUCUGCCUCCUCUGCCUCUCCAACCUCAUCUCCUCCCCCUCCUCUCCCUCUCUCCACGUCUCCUACGCUCUCUCCCAGCUCUCUCUCGCUCUCUCCCAGCCUCCCUUCCUCCGCGCUCUGCUCACGUUUCACCCGCACUUUCUCGUGUCGCCGCUUGUGAGCUGUCUCGCGGCGGUGGAUGAUGAGGCGAUCGCGAAGCAGGUGGUGGAGAUCGUGGUGGAGAUGUGCAAGUGCGGCGAUGAGUCGGUGUAUGGCGAGUUUGUCGCGAGGGUUUCGGAUCGGGUUUCGAACGGAUCGUUGGCGUGGAGUAGACGCCAGGUGUUUAUGCUUCACUGCUUAGGUGUGCUCCUAGAUCAUCAGAAGAACAAUCCCUGCAACAACAUUAAAGACAAAGAAUCCCUUGCUCUAAAUCUUGUGUCUGGUCUACAGCUGCCAAGUGAAGAGAUACGAGGGGAGAUUCUUUUUGUUCUCUACAAGAUCUUAAUCAUUCAGAACACGUUUAAGGAUGAUAAUGUCACCGAUGCUUUCAUUACAUGUGGUCCCAAACUCUUGCGUUUAUCACUGGAAGCCCUCAUGAAAACAGAGUCUGACGACGUUCGCUUGAACUGCAUAGCACUUCUGUCUGUGCUGGCUCAGAGAGGGUUCUUUGAUAGUGCAUACGGAACUGAUAUCAGUAGCGGGGAUCAAUACGAAGAUGACAACUUUAUGGAAACAAAUCAAUUAUCAGAUAGGUCUGCGAUGACCCGCUUAUUUGCUGAAGCCAUCAAAGCACCACUGCUUUCAUCUGAUAGCCAAGUUCAAACAGCCACUUUAAACUUAACAUAUCUGUAUCUGUCAAGGGAUGACGGUUCAGGAAAAGAAGUUCAUGUGUUGGUGGAAGAGAAUAUAGCAGAUUAUGUAUUUGAAAUUCUGAGAUUAUCAGGGUGCAAAGAUACACUUGUCAAUACUUGCCUGCAGGUUCUUGAUUUAUUAUCAUCUGCUGAUCAAGUGUUUAAACCAAGACUUGCUAUUGGUUUCUCAACCCUGCUUCCUGUUCUGCAUUAUGUGGCAGAUGUUCCAUUCCAUCCUGUUCAACCUCAAACGAUAAAGCUCAUACUGAAAUGUGUUUCAAAUUGUCCAGGAAUAUUGUCCAAUUCUCAUGUUGAAGAAAUUAGCCUUGUUUUGGCUGGAAUGCUCAAAAAACAUAUAGAUGGUGACACAGGCAUGCUUCCAGAAACAUUUACUUUGGCUUGCUCUCUCCUGGUAGCUCUUCUGAAGUCUCCAUCUUGUCACGAGGCUUCAACUUUUGCAUUAACACUUCAAGAUGCAUCCAGGCAUGCAAUUUUGAAUUGUUUAAGCAUAUAUGGACGGCACCCCAGCCAAUUUCUGCACUCCCUAUACCUACUUAAAGAGGCUUAUGCCUAUGGUUGUGAAAGGAACACCAACACCAGUUACAUGGAACUAAGAAACUGCAUUCUAGAGGUGUGCAAAACACACCUUUUACCUUGGUUUUUAACAGCCAUCAGUGACAUGGAGGAAGAUAUGGUUUUGGGAGUACUAGAAAGCUUCCAUGCAAUAUUGCUUCAGGAUAUUGAUACUAAACCCAAAGACUUUGCAUACAUUUUGCUUUCAUCCUCGUGGUUCAGCUUUUCAUUUGGAUGCCUUGGCUUAUUCCCAGCAGAAAGAAUGAAAUGGAGAGUUCAUCUCAUGUCCAGUUCUCUGGUAGAUGUGCUUCUGGGAAAUGAUUCUGGGCAACCCAUCAGAGAUGCUGCCUCUCAUCUACCAUCUGAUCCUAUAGAGAUGCUAUACAUACUAGGGGUGAAGAGCUCUCAUAAUUUAGAUUCUUUAUCUUGUCAAUCUGCGAUUCUGCUGAUACUUUAUACCAGCUCUUUGUAUGAUGAUAGGCUUGCAGAUGAUAAGCUGGUGUUAGCUUCUCUUGAACAAUAUAUCUUACUUAACAAUAUUGAGCUCUUAUAUGGAGCUGCUAAGUCUGAAACAAUUGAAAUUCUGGUAAAUGUGUAUGGCCUUUAUAGAAGUCUUGCCAAGAUGAGCUACCAAAUACCUUACAGUCCAGAAGCUGAAAGGAUCUUAUUUCAUCUUGCCAGUGAAAAAGAUUGGGAUCUGCUUUCUUCAAGAAUUCACUUCAAAUCACUGAAAUGGUUAUUUCAACAAGAAAAGAUGUGCAAGUUACUUUCCACACAAAUUUUAAAGUUAUGCAGAUGUAGCACUUCUGUUGCUAACCAUAUCCUUCUGCAUGGAAAAAAUAGUCAGAGCUUGGAUGUAUUAACUCUUGCUGAGCUGGUAGCUUCAGAAGACAACUUCGGUGCUACACUCUUGGUAUAUUUACUGAGAGAACUUGUAGAGGAAGGUGGACAAGAGGAUGACAUCAUUUCUACGUUGAAUCUCAUUGCAGAAAUUAUAGACACAUGUCCAGGUGCUUCAGACCAAUUAUGCCUGCACGGGAUAGGGAUCGCAAUCGAAAAUCUUUAUUAUUAUUCAAGGAAUGCCUCUUUCCCAAAUACUUACAUGAACAUGUUGAAAUUAAUUUUCAGAAUUUUUAGCUCAGUGCGCUCUAAGUCUAUUUCAGAAGACGAAUCUUGGCUUGCAGUUACAAUGAAGUUGAUGGACUACCUAAUAGCAACAGCAACUGCAGAUGGGUGGAAUCAUGAAGGUCUUAUGAUUAUUGGCAUUCUUUGUUUGAUUUUGCACCAUUCUACAAAUCAAGCACUGUUAGGAGUAUCAAAAUCCAUUCUUCUGUGUUCUGCUUUGGUGCAAAUAAUCACCAAAACAAUCCGUGAAGCCUGUUCUAAAGGACCUGCUUUGACAGAUCACGAUGAAGGAACAAAUGUAGGAGCAAGCUUGAUAUUUCUUCUUUUACUAAACUAUUUCUCUUUCAAAAGUAUGCAUGCUGUGGUACCUGGAAAUUUCUACUUGCUCGAUUUACUAGAUACCAACAAUGUAAAAGAGAUAUAUUUUAUAAGCAUCCCGUGCCACGAUCUGUGCAGACUGAUUUAUUUUGGUUCUCCUCCAGUAAAAUUGGUUGCUUCAUAUUGCCUUUUGGAAUUACUAACUAGAAUUUCUGAAGAGGAGAGGACAGAACCUGAAAAGUUCAACUGCAACUCAUGCUACCUAAAAUCACUGAUCGCUGUAUUAGAAGGCAUGCUACAUUACAGUGACAUAAGAGUUGCCAUGAACUGCUCUCUUUGUCUAUCAAUUAUUCUGGGCUGGCAAAAACAGGAUAUAUCUGCACAAGUCUUUGGGAGAAACAAUUGGUGCAGGUUUAUUAUAGAAGAACUAGUAAUGUCCUUGGCAGUUCCAUGUUUAGCAUCAAAGACAUUGCCGAUUCAUCAUAAGCCUGCAGUUCAUGUAGCAGUCGCGUUGCUCAAACUGCAAAACAUUCCUCAGUGGAUGUCCUCAGUAUUUGAUGAUUCUAGCAUAUUGGGUAUUGUUAAGAACCUAUCAGCAAGUAAUUUGAGUCCAGAAAUGGUACUAUUAUUUCGAGUGCUUCUGACCUCAGGGUACUUAAAGGCCGAUCAAGUUGCUGUCCUCAAUCGUUUGUUCCAGGAAUGCAGGAAGCGUAUCUACUCGCAAAAUAGUCAGGACAGCAAAGAGGAGCACACAGAGAAGCUAAAUAUCGCCUCAGAGGGACUAGGAAAUGUUUGCGAGUUUCUGAUCAACCUCAUGUCCUCUCAAUCCCCUGCUGGCAUCAGGUCGCAAGAAGUACAAGUCAGGAACAAGGAUUUGCUAGAAGAGAUAGAACUAUUUUCUAAAGAUAUUAUGGAAGAGGAUGUUGCCUAGUGAUACUUUGUUUAGCACUCUGACUUGUACACAGUAAAUACAUUCUCCUGAAUUUAUCAUGUUUUUGGUAUAAUAGCUUUAAUAGAUCACAAUCGGUCAAAACUUGAGAUUAUCUUGUGUGUUUUAGAAGAGUUUUAAGAAAGAUCUCUCCUGAAAAAGCUUUGGAGAUGAUGGCUACAUUUCUUGAGAGGUUGUUUCGGGUAUUUUAAAGAUAUUACAGCCCCCACAGGUGAUUCUUGAAUAGAAAAUU